AUGUACCUGAUCACUGUGUUUGGAAACCUGCUCAUCAUCCUGGUCGUCAGUUCAGACUCCCACCUCCACACCCCCAUGUACUUCUUCCUCAACAACCUGUCCUUUGUAGACAUCUGUUUCACCUCCACCACCAUCCCCAAGAUGCUGUGGAACAUCCAGAUUCAAAGCAAAGUCAUAACCUAUGCAGGCUGCCUCACACAGAUUUAUUUUCUCAUACUCUUUGCUGUGUCAGAUGUCUUUCUCCUGGGCGUGAUGGCCUAUGACCGGUUUGUGGCUAUCUGUCAUCCCCUGCACUACACAGUCAUCAUGAACCCCCGGCUCUGUGGACUGCUGGUUCUGGUGUCCUGGCUCUCAGUUGUCUCCUUAUUUUAUUGCACUAUGCUUGGUGUGUACCUUAGCUCUGCUGCUACCCAGAGCUCCCACUCAGGUGCAAUAGCCUCAGUGAUGUACACGGUGGUCACGCCCAUGCUGAACCCCUUCAUCUACAGCUUAAGGAACAAAGACAUAAAGAGGGCUCUGAAAAGAAUCAUUGGGGUUCCAGUGAUGUAA